UAGAAAUGAUGUUCUUUCCUGCUUUACGUCGUAUCGGUUUUGUCGCUGUAUUCAAACCCGUUUACUAUGUGGGACAAACAGCUGGCCAUGGGUUAAGGACAUCCGCUGUCAAGUUCAGCGAAGUUCCGUCAAAUCGCGAUUCAGUUGUGACACAUAAACAACUGAAGACAAUGCUGGCCAAUCACAGUGUCCAGCUGUUUGACGUCCGAAAUCCAGAUGAAUUCCAGGCAGGCCGCAUUCGCGAUUCUGUUAUUCCGUUGGGUCAGUUAGAGGAGUCUCUCAAGCUCUCCCCAGAGCUCUUUGAAAAAUGUUAUACAGUAAAGGCCCCCAAAAAGGAAGACGACAACAUUGUAUUCCACUGUCAAAGAGGUCGCAGGAGCCUAACUGCGCUCGCAAUUGCCCACCGUCUGGGAUUCAGCAGGUCAUGCCACUAUGCAGGGGGGUACAAUGAAUGGGCUGAGAAAGAGAAGCAGUAACUAUUAAUGUUCAGAAGAGAUGCUCCAAUCUAUUACCGCAUUACCGAUUUACCUUCAUAUGAAUUCAUAUUGCAUUUCAUUGCCUUGUACUUGUA